AUGCCGACAAUAGAAAGCGCUGUGACACUAAGAAAGUGCUCAUUCAUCUGGAGCGGCAAGGACGGAGGCAGAGAGCAGGCACCUGGGGAGGAGAAGCCGGUACUUUGCGACGUCAGCAUUGACAUCACACCAGGCGCCUUUGUCGGCGUUGCUGGGCUCGUGGGGAGCGGAAAGAGCGCACUGCUGGCAGCUGUGCUCGGCGACCUGCGCUGCAUCGAGGGAGACAUGCGCGUUGGUGGUAGUGUGGCUUACCUGCCUCAGACGGCUUGCAUCUUCAACAUGACUAUUCGAGACAACGUGCUCUUCGGCAAGCGCAUGGAUGCUGACCGCUACUGGCGCGUCCUUGAAGCCUGUGACCUCACGAGGGAUCUCGAGCUGUUGCCUGCUGGAGAUCUCACCGAAGUUGGAGAGAAGGUGCGGCCCUCUAAGGUUGCCUGCGUCCUAGUGCGACGGGGAGUGAGUGCAGCUUCCGUGUGGUUGCACUUCCUUUUCUUUUUUUCCCACGCGACCUACCUCGGGCAGGGCGAAACCCUGAGCGGAGGCCAGAAGCAGAGGCUGGCACUGGCACGCGCGGCGUACAGCGACAGUGACGUCUACCUCGUGGACGACACUCUCAGCGCCUUGGACGUGCACGUAGCCGCCAAGGUCUUUGCGCGGGUCAUGGGACGAGAUGGACUGCUACAGCACAAGACCCGCAUCAUCGUUUGUAACCAAGGCGUGUUCUUGAGGCAUGUCGAACAGUUACUCCUCGUGUGGAAGAAACGAGUGCUGCCAUUCCGAACCUUGCCGGACCUGAUCAACGACCGCAGGGCGCCGAAAACGCUGCUGUUCGGGAGCAGGCCGGGCUCAUCGGUCACUGACAAGCGGGACAGCGGAAAUCACGAGGAAACGAUGGACGAAAACAGCGUUUUCGGAAAGCUCACUGCAGAUGAAACACGAAAUAAAGAUUUAGUAGGUAUAACCAAUUCUUUCUUUCUUCGAUGCAUGCAGUAGUAGACAGAAGCCCACGCUUUUAUUGGACCUCUUGUCCAUCUUUCUCCGUAACCCUUGCUGUGAGUGUUCCCAAAAAGAAAAAAUAUACGGAAGGAAAAAUAAAAUUUACUUGGGAAACGGGACUCGUUUCUAAUGCUUUCUAGUAGUUUCUUGCUUUCUAAUGAUUAAUGUUACAAUAAAUUAGCUCACUAUUGCUUUUAUCCAUUUCUUAUCCACACUGAUGAUGAAUAGCGCGGUAAUCAAGGGAUGUUCGUGCCGUGUUUCUUCCUCGUCCCUUGCUUAUCGCACUAUCCUGCGUCAGUACGGAAUACCAACUCGUCCGCCAUUCAGUACUUCUUAGUGGUGGUAGGUCCAUGGCUGGGAUUUUUACUGCUUAGAACUAGGUGUGCUAUCCCCCCUGAGGGCCUUAAUCCGAAGAAUCUUGAAUAUAUAUAAAGAUGGUAUAAGCAG